AGAACAAGUUCCUUGCGCACUAAAAGAAGAGGGACUCUAUAGUUUCCUCAUGAGCAACUUUCUUGCUUCCCAAGAAGAUGUUCAUUCCAUGUCAAGUGAUGCUGCUGAGGUAUUAAUAGCCAUCUUUGAGUCAUGGCAUUGCUGGAAAAAUUCAGAAGGAGAAAGUUUGGUGACUAGCCUUUUUACACUGGAAGUAUAUGAGACAAUGACUUGUGGAAGAUGCAGAAGGAAGCCAAAUUAUCCAGAGCAAAGCUCUUAUGGACUUGUUAUGGAAGCAGAUGCAAUCAGAGACGUGAAGUGUGCUUUUAGAGAUAGAAAGUUUGAGGACAUCCUUAAAGUGAUCCUCAUGGAUGAUAAAAUGGUAUGUGACAUUGGAACCGGAGGGUGUGGAAAGGAAAACUUUGUUCAUCGCAUUGUAAGUAAAUGCCCACCUAUCUUCACAAUCGUGUUGGAAUGGGAGACGGAUGAAACUGAAGAAGACAUAGCUAAAACAACAAAGGCUUUGGAGAGGGAGAUAGAUCUCAGCAGCCUAUACGAAGGCUUAGAGCCAAACAAAAACUACCAGCUUGUGUCAAUGGUUUGUUGUGGUGAAGAAGAAGAAGAAGAAGACCACAUCUGCCUAGCUUAUGAAAAAGACAGGUGGGUCAGUCUCAGACAUGACGAUGCUUUAGCAGAAGAGGAUGUUGGUGACUGGAACAGUGUGGUUAAUUUCUGUGGAGAAAGGAAGGUUCGGCCAGAGAUUCUUUUCUAUGAAGCUUCCCCAAUAGAAGAGUGA